CCACUAAUUAUUUCAGCAAAUACAUAAUUUGGUCCAACACUAAACCAACCCUUCUGUCUCUAUCUCAUUUGUUCUUAAACUUUCAUCUAUUUUCGUAUCUGAAUAAUUCUUUUCAUCAAAGAUUUUAGUUUUGAACCACAUGGGAUCAAGUUUGUGCUGUUCUCGCGAUCCAGAUAGCACCAGACGUAGUACGAUGGGGAGCACUAGCGACCGGAGGUGGCAAACCGGCGACGACAAGUAUCUAUCGGACACAAGCACCUUUUCCGUGAAGGAGCAAGAGCAUCAGCUUAAGGCGGCCAGACGGGAGGAGCAAAGACUUGGCCAUGAAGCUGAGAAAGUCAACUCAUGGGUCAAACAUGAAUCAGCCAGAUUCGACCAUCGUCCAUAGUUGACCAUUGUUUUGUUUUGACCAAGCUUUCUAUGUUUUUGUAAACUAUUAAACAGAGUUGUGUAUUUAUGUUAACCACACAUUAAUUAACUAUCAAAAUUGUUUGGUUUAGAGACCACAAGAAACACAUUACAG